ACCUCACCAAUGUUUGUCACCCCAGGGAGGAGCUAACCUUUGAGAUGCUGACUUUGGAGCAGCGAGCAUCAGACGAUGAGACCCUGGAGUCGGAGGCGUCCAUCGGCACGGCCGACAGCUCUGAGAACCUCAACGUGGACUCUGAAGGAGCCACCUCCGACUUCUCCGGUCCCUCAGAGAGAGAACCCACGCUGGCCCCCGUCGCCCGAACCAAGAGGUCGGAGGGGAAGAGCCACCGACGCCGCAACCUACGCAGGCAACCAGAUUCCCAGGACUCAGUGGACUCCUGUUCCACCAUCUCCUCCCUCUCCUCCUCCUCCCACUUCCACCCGUCCUCUUCCUCCUCUGUGGCCACAGCUCGCCACUUUCGCUACCGCUCCAAGUCACCCUCUUCUGGCUCUGGCUCUGCCCAGGGCUUGUACCUGACCCAGCCUCCCCGCCGCGACAGCAUGGACUGUCCCCCCCUGGCCAAACAGGAGGGGGCGUUCGAAGAGAGGUCACAGUUCACCAGCCGAGGCACCUUCAACCCGGAAAAGGGCAAACAGAAACUGAAAGGAUCCAAGAACUCUCCCUUGAGGCACUCCCAUGACAGUGGGGGCCGCAGCAGGGAUCCGCCUGACUUACCCCAGCAGCGGGUGUUGUACGGCAGCAAUGAGUUCAUGGUAUGAAGGACAGUGGGAACACCUCCUUCGUCACAGCCCACUCUCCCUAAGAGCAUGCGAUCUGACCCCCUUCCUCAAACACUCCAGCUCACCCUUUCUCAGUCCACGUCCGCAACGAUGCAGCACUGUCCCCCCAAGUGCCAUGUACACACAGUACUGUGUACAGUACACCUCAAAGAGACAGGAGAGGGACAUGCUGGGAGUGGGAGAGGAGGAACCAGUAGAAGGGUUGAUCUCCUGUGGCUUUAACUGCCAACCACACUCCCCAUGGUCCCUCUGCAGGUCUGGGUCUCCCUCAGCCCAGGGGAGAGGGGACGUGUGGAGCAGGAAGGCAGAGAAAAGGGAAUGCUGGGACACUGGGAGAGGACUACUCAGCAUCCGGGAGAUCUCCCAAGCUGACGUCCCGAUGCAAACUAGUAGGUGGAACGAAAAAAAUAAAGGCUACCGAGCCAUUGACAGUGCUGCCGUGUCCAUGAACUUGAGAUCUCAAUCAUUGGCUGCUUUAAAGUUUACAGUUAAAAACAAUCAAUGUAAGCAGUGGUUCCUCUAUUAUUACAAAUGUAUUUUUCCCUUAAGCCUAUUUAAUAAUUUUUUUAUUUCAUGGAAACUAUAAAUCUAUAUAACUAUAUUAUAAAGGUAUAAAUAAUGUACAAAGCCGGAACACCAGUAACUGCUGGGUAGUUGAAGUCAAAUAUUUAUCUUUUUCUUGAGUAUCUUGGGCAGAGAUGUAUGGUAUUGGACAAAGGCUGUGUGCGUGUUUGAGUGUCAAUUUGUGUGUAUGAGAAGACCACUUCAUGUGUUUUUAAGUUUGUGCUGCUUUAUUCCUCUCCUGAGGGAAAUACGGCCAUGAAACGGACCAAGUUAGCUGGUGUGUAUUCCAGCCAAGGGGAUCCCAGCUCUGUAAAGAAUGUCGGAUGUGUAUAAAAUCACUGCAUUCACAGCUUAACAGCCAUACAACAAUUAGAAUGUACAGUACAAUAUGUAUUGGACAAAUGCCAUUCUCCUAGCUCUGGAUACAUGUUACCCCCAAAUCCUUGUCUUCCUGAGAUAUCAGUGUUGGACUCAAUAGCAACCAAACAAGGACAUGCACUUUCUUGUCUUCUGUCAUUAUUCGUACCAUUUCUUGUUUUUUUCUGGGUGUAUUAGUUUAACAUUUUUAUUGGGAUAGUUUUGUGGAGCUGUCAUGUUGGACAGUCAGCUGUUUUUCAGGCAACAGUCAAAAGACCCCUUUCAGUUUAAAACAUGCUUUUUGUAACACUAUCAGUGUUGAAAUAUAAAUUCCUUAUCAGCUAUCAGAGACUCAAAGAUAAAAAAAAUAAAACACGAUAUUCAAACACC